UCGCGGGCUGAGCAGGAAGGAAACCGCUCCCGAGCGUGGCGGCGUCGUCUCCCCGCCGUGCAGCUGCCGCUACCGCCACCGGUCCGACCGUCGACCAGUCCGUCCACUCGCAACAUGAGCGGCCUGCGCGUCUACAGCACGUCGGUCACCGGCUCCCGCGAAAUCAAGUCCCAGCAGAGCGAGGUGACCCGCAUCCUGGACGGGAAGCGCAUCCAGUACGAGCUGGUGGACAUCUCCCAGGACAAUGCCCUGCGGGAUGAGAUGCGAGCCUUGGCGGGCAACCCCAAGGCCACCCCACCCCAGAUCGUCAACGGGGACCAGUACUGUGGGGACUAUGAGCUCUUCGUGGAGGCUGUGGAACAAAACACGCUGCAGGAGUUCCUGAAACUGGCCUGAGCCAGGCCAGCCCACAGUUCCCCCUCCAGACUCCGUCACCACAUUCCCCAAGCCCUCGCCCGGCCACGAAGGACCUUGUGACCAACUCCCUGUCAUUCCUAACCUUCUGAUCUUGGAGCCUCCCUGUCACCCCAGGCCCCUUCUCCCUGACUGUAGCCCCGUGUCUUCCAUUCAAAGGCAACAUUCCUUACCCUCUAGUCUCAGAUAUUGUCUUAAACAGCAACCCCAAUGCUGGCUGUCCCCAGCCAGGCCCUGGGGCUGCCACCCUGCGUAGUGCUGGCUGAUGGGCACCUCCACUGGUUACAUCAGCCAGGGCUCUGCCAAAGGCCCCACAGUCCCCCUCCCGGAAGCACAUGAGAGACAAUUAAAUGUCCCAUUGCAUUGGUA